CGCGACGCUAACUGCAGUUAACUUCCACUCAGAAACUGAGAGUCAUUAAAAGAGUUCAGCUCUGCAGUAGUUUAGCUAUGUGGGCGACACACGGAAGAAGCAAGUGAAUUAAAAAUACGAUGGACGACGAAGGAUUUCCUGGUUUCGGAGUGCCUCACCCCCCCAGAAAUCCCCCAGAGCCGAAGACUCCAACUCGAAGUCAGAGAUACAAAUUCCUGCCAGUCGAAAAAUUCUAUAUGACAGAACACAAGGGAAUAUACUCUGAUAUCAUUUCUACCCUCAAAUUCCAGACUUGUACAUCCACACCAAAGCCCCAGCCGACUUCACAGGGGCAAUCCAUGCUGAAGUCAGGUCAUUCUAACACACUAAAGGGAAUCAUCAAGACUCCACCCGAUCAGCUCAGCUGUGCUGCGAAGGAUUACCAUGUACCACAUGUACCACAUAAUUCAUUUUCCUCACAGACUUCAUACUUUUGUCAGGGUGGAGAUAAACCCAAAGUCCAAAUAGCCUACGAAAUCCAUCCAGGCAUGAUACCCCGCAAAUUAGCGAUAGAGAGACGUCGACGGGAAUACUUAAAUUUACAUGUUGAAGAGCUCUUGGCUCAAAAGGGCAUAGAUUCUGAUCUCCUGUUGCCAAGUCUUUUGGAAAAUGAUGAUGAGCAUGUGACCACACCAGACAGUCCUGUUUCUCCCUUCCUCCCAUUGGAGGUAUUUGACAAUGAGGAGUAUGACUGCCGGACUCCAGAAGACUGGCUAGCUUUAGGUAAUGCUGAAGGAUCGCCUGAUCAAAAACCUGUUCCUGGAAAAGCCCUGCUGCCUACAGAUGACCCUUCAAGCACACCUCUGAAGUACAGCUGGCACUUAGUUGGAGUUCUUGAUUACUCCAAGGAGAAAUGUCAGUAUCUGGUACAGAAGGUCCACCAUGACAGCAGAGAGACAGAUGAAAAAGGAAGUCCUGUUAUGAAUGAUGAACACAAAACGAGUACAUUCCCCGGCACAAACUCUUUAGUUGCGGGCAGCAAGUACUGGGUACCCAGGAUCAGACUGCUAUUCUGUGCUGAAGACCCACGUAUCUUUGUUGAGCGGAUCCAGUUUGCCCUGCAGUACAGGAAGGAAACAGAGGCUCUUCUUCUCUACCACUUAUCUGUGGACUGCAUGCCCAUCUGUAGGAGAACACCAUCUCUCAAUACUGGCAGUCUCCAGAGUAUCAAAAGACAUGCCCUGUCAGCGCCUGGUCUUAAACUGAAAAAUUUAGAGGAGUGUGUUGCGGGCUUGGAGAAGGAGGUCAGAUUGGAGUAUGACCGUACAAUGAACCGCUUGAUCUUUGACAAAGUAGUGAUGAGCUACCCUGAAGAGUUUUCACAUAUCACCCUGCCACAGAAGACCCCUGAGCAUGUACCACCAAAAAGACAUGUAGCAGUUCCUUACUCUGCCUAUGGGGAGAAUCGAGCUGCAUUUAUCUUCAGGUCAAUGCUAACUAAGCCAGAGGUGAUCUGUGCGUUGUCUGAAAUUUGGUGUGAGUGCAAACAAGUAGAAAACAUGAGGCUAUUCAACGUGAAACUGAUUAAACCGCUUCCACUGGAGAAAUUUGAAGCUGUCCAGUCUCAGAUCCACACUCAGAUAAAAUUGUUUCUUAGGGACACCUGGAUCACCAAGCUGAGCAACAGCAUCCGGUACAACCUUAGGAAUGUGGGCAAGGGCGCGUACAACAUAAAUGAGACUUGUUGGGACAUCUACAAGGUUUCCAAGCUGACUAAACUCCUGGCUGUGGUGCACUACAACAUGCAGGACUCCCUGCGCUUCCUUGUGCAGGACUCACUUGCCAGACUUACAAAGGUGGUGAUGGACGCCUGCCACAGUGUGCUGACAUGUCCCCAGGACCUGGUCUGGGGGAACAACCUGAACACUAGCCCCUACAUGCCAAAGAAAAAUCCUCUUUUCUUGGUGGACUUGGUUCUGAAUAAGACUGGGGUUCAUUACAGCACUCCCUUGGAGAAUUUUUCGACAUCCAUGGUGAACCUGUUCGAUAAGGCCAUUAUUUCCACACGUAGCGUACCACUGCUUGAUAGGUUUGUGUUGCAGAAGUUGCUGAUGGUUGGAGAGCCUUUGCUUGAAUCUGUGCAUUUGGGGGAACCAGAAGUCAGUGAGCUGAGAGAGAAGAUCCGCAGUGUUCUAAUCCAAGCAACCAUACCUCUCAGGGCUUAUGCUGCUGAAUAUGAGAAAUACGUGGAGCUACAUAAUUUGGACAUAGAAACUUACAUUCUCACAUCUCAGAAUGCAGAAGGCUCAUCACAAGAACUGAAAAAAGAGGUGGAGCAGCAGCUCAAAGAAAUGGAAAUAAUUGAACAGUCCUUGCCAUCCUCUUUAGUGAUUGGUCCAUUUCUUGUUCGUGUUGAUGCUGUAUGCAAGUCUCUCACAAAGAAAAAAAAGAGUUUAGCUACGGCACUGCUAUACCACUUUGCUCUGAAGCUACGUAUACAGAUUGACAAGGCAUGUGAAGAAUGUGACAUCAUUGACAGAAAGCUACGUGAAAAACCCCAUAACGUCGAGGACCUGAGUGAAAAGAGGGAGUGGAUGAAACAAAUCCCACAACAGCUUAAGAGUUACAAGGAACAUCUUGGCAAGACAUUAUCAGACUAUGAGCUCAUAGAAGAAUUUUUCCACUGUAUUCCAGACAAUGAUGUCAACAAAAAGUGGACAGCAAUUGCAUGGCCAAAUAAGAUAAUCAACCAGAUGAAAGCAGCAGCCACCCAGCACUUGGAGGAUGAGGAGUCCUUCCGCAAGACCCAGCUAACUGACCAGAACAACUUUGAGGAGCGUUUAAACAAUCUGCAGAUGAUCGUUGCAGGGUUUGCUAGCCGUGGAGACAUUGAUCAUGCCCAUGAGAUGGCCAACGAGGUCAGGCUUAGAAGCAAGCAACUUAAGGAGUGCCAGACUAUGGCCCAAACUUACAACAGCAGAGAACGCUUGUUCAGUAUGCCUGUCACAAAUUACGAUCAUCUGCAGAAGCUUGUAAAAGACUUCCAGCCUUAUAGAGAUCUGUGGACCACCACGUCUGAUUGGCUGCAUUGGAGUGAAAGCUGGCUCCAUGACCCGCUGUCUUCCAUUGAUCCUGAGCAGCUUGAGCGAAAUGUCACUGAAGCCUACAAGACCGUGAACAAAUGUAUUAAACAGUUCAAGGACAUUCCUGACUGCCAAAUGGUGGCAAAUCUAAUUCGCACCAAGAUUGAGGACUUCCGGCCUUAUGUCCCUCUAAUCCAGGGACUAAGAAACCCAGGGAUGAAGAGCCGCCACUGGGAAAUACUUUCAGAAAGAAUUCAAAUUACAGUCAAGCCCAAAGCCAACUUGACCUUGUCCCGCUGCCUGGAGCUUGGCCUACAGAACUUUGUGGAUGACAUAGCUCAAGUGGCCGAAGUGGCUGGGAAAGAAUACACCAUUGAGCAGGCCCUGGAAAAGAUGGAACAAGACUGGUCGACAGUAGUUGUUGAUGUUUUGCCCUACAAGGACACGGGAACCUACAUUUUAACAAACCCAGUCGAAGCAUCCCAGCUGCUUGAUGACCACAUUGUCAUGAUGCAGAGCAUGUCCUUCUCACCCUUCAAAAAAACUUUUGAGGCACGGAUCAGCAACUGGGAGAGCAAGCUCAGACUGACUCAGGAUGUGCUGGAAGAAUGGCUGAUAUGUCAGCGUUCCUGGCUGUACCUAGAACCCAUCUUCAGUUCUGAUGACAUCAACCAGCAGCUGCCCGAGGAAGGAAAAAGAUACCAGCAAAUAGAACAAAAAUGGAGACAUAUUAUGAAAAGUGCCUUUAAUAAUAAAAAGGUCAUUGAGCUGUGUCCAGAUGCUCGUCUACUAACAGAACUUAAGAACUGCAACACUCUUUUGGAAGAGGUGCAGAAGGGUCUCAGUGAGUACUUGGAGACAAAACGAGUGUUAUUCCCCAGGUUUUACUUCCUGUCAGAUGAUGAGCUCCUGGAGAUUCUGUCCCAAACCAAAGAUCCCACUGCUGUUCAGCCACACCUGCGUAAAUGCUUUGAGAACAUUGCACAGCUUCAGUUUCAGUCAGACCUGCAGAUCACGCACAUGUACUCUGCAGAAGGGGAGGAAGUAAAACUGUUCCUUCCAGUGCGUCCGACUGGUAAUGUGGAGGACUGGCUGAGGGAUGUGGAGAAAUCUAUGAAAGCAACUUUGAGGGAUAACAUUGACCGCUCACUCAAAGACUACCCUGAGCAAUCACGUGUAGAGUGGGUGUUAUCAUGGCCGGGUCAAGUGGUGAUAGCUGGCUGUCAGGUCUUCUGGACUGCUGAAGUGUCAAAAGCUUUGGAACAGGGAGACUUGGCCACCCGUCUUUAUCCCCAGCUACAGACACAGUUGGGUGACUUGGUGCAGCUUGUGCGAGGGAAGCUCUCCAAGAUGCAGCGAGCUGUGCUCUCUGCCCUUAUUGUUAUAGAAGUCCAUGCUAAGGAUGUAGCAGCCAAAAUGGUGGAGCAGGAGGUCUCAAGCAUCAAUGACUUUGAGUGGAUCAGCCAACUUAGGUAUUACUGGGCGAGAGGUGAUUUGUACAUCCGUGCAGUGAAUGCAGAAUUUUUGUAUGGGUAUGAGUACCUUGGUAACUCUGGACGCCUGGUCAUUACUCCCCUCACUGACAGAUGCUACUUGACCCUAACAGGAGCUCUGCACCUGAAGUUUGGAGGGGCACCCGCUGGUCCAGCAGGCACAGGAAAGACAGAAACUACUAAAGAUCUUGGAAAGGCUCUGGCCAUCCAGACGGUAGUUUUCAACUGCUCUGAUCAGCUGGACUUCAUUGCAAUGGGCAAAUUUCUCAAAGGGCUGGCCAGCUCGGGUGCCUGGGCGUGCUUUGACGAGUUUAAUCGUAUUGAUGUUGAGGUGUUGUCUGUGGUGGCGCAACAGAUCACCACUAUACAAAAGGCCCAGCAGCAAAGGGCAGAGAGAUUUGUAUUUGAGGGGGUGGAGAUCCCUCUUGUCCCUUCUUGUGCUGUAUUCAUCACUAUGAAUCCUGGUUAUGCUGGCCGCACAGAACUGCCCGACAAUCUCAAGGCCCUGUUUCGUCCUGUGGCCAUGAUGGUCCCCAACUAUGCAAUGAUAGCUGAAAUCUCCUUGUACUCAUUUGGCUUCAGUGAUGCCAAAGUUCUAUCCAAUAAGAUCACCACAACUUUCAAGCUCUCCUCUGAGCAACUGAGCUCUCAGGAUCAUUAUGAUUUUGGUAUGAGAGCUGUGAAGACUGUGAUCUCAGCUGCUGGAAACCUGAAAAGGGAAAAUCCCAGCAUGAAUGAGGAGUUGAUUUGUCUUCGGGCUAUUCAAGAUGUGAAUGUACCAAAGUUUUUACAGGACGACCUGAAGCUCUUCAGUGGCAUUGUGUCCGAUCUUUUUCCUAAGAUCAAACAGGAGCCGAUCAAUUACGGCCCACUGGAAGAGUCCAUCCGUCGUGUCUGCACCGCAAACAACCUCAAAGAUGUGGAUGGGUAUAUUAAUAAGUGCAUUCAGCUGUAUGAAACCACUGUGGUGAGACAUGGCCUGAUGUUGGUGGGACCUUCUGGAUCAGGUAAAACCAAGUGUUAUGAGACUCUAGGUGCAGCAAUAACAGCUCUGGAGGGCCAGCCCUCCAUGAGCGGCGGUGUCUAUGAAGCUGUUGAGAUAUAUGUCCUCAACCCAAAGUCUAUUACCAUGGGACAACUUUAUGGAGAGUAUGACUUGCUCACACAUGAGUGGACAGACGGUAUCCUCUCAUGUCUUAUUCGUGGAGGGGUAGCAUCUAUGGACCAGAAGAAAAAGUGGUACAUGUUUGACGGCCCAGUGGAUGCUGUGUGGAUUGAGAACAUGAACACUGUGCUGGAUGACAACAAAAAGCUGUGUCUUAGCUCUGGCGAAAUCAUAAAGCUCACUGAUGUGAUGACCAUGAUGUUUGAAGUGCAGGACCUGGCAGUGGCAUCUCCAGCGACAGUGUCUCGCUGUGGUAUGGUCUACUUGGAGCCCAGUAUUUUGGGCCUUACCCCUUUCACAGAGUGCUGGCUGAGGCAGAUACCGAAAGCCCUGAAACCAUACAAAGAGGAGCUCAGCUCACUGUUUGCCAGGUUCCUGCAGGACUCCAUUACAUUUGUCCGCACAUCAGUGAAGGAGGUCAUCACAUCUCUGGACAGCAACCUCACCUGCAGUCUGCUUAAACUGCUGGACUGCUUUUUCAGUCCCUUCCAUGUCAAAGAGAGCGGGAGGCCACCACCUCAAAAGAAACUGAACCGUCUGAAGGAGCUGAUCGAGCCCUGGUUCUUCUUCUCUCUGGUGUGGAGUGUAGGAGCCACAGGAGAUGCAGCUAGCUGCCAGCGCUUCAGUGCCUGGCUCAGAAACAAAAUGGCAGAAGAGAAGAUCAUGUUGUGUUUUCCAGAGGAAGGCUUGGUACAUGACUACAGGCUCAAUGAUGGAAUAAGUAAUCAAGAUGAUGACGAGGAAGAUGAGGAAGGAAAAGUCCAGUGGGUCAGCUGGAUGAAAUAUGCAGAGAGUGUUGUAAUCACACCAGAAACAAAUUAUUCUGACAUUAUUGUUCCAACUGCUAACACAGUGAGAAUGUCUUUCCUGUUGGAUAUGCUUUUGACCAAUAAGAAACCUGUGCUGUGUAUUGGGCCAACUGGCACAGGAAAGACUCUGACCAUGUCAGACAAGUUGUUAAAAAACAUGCCCGCUGAAUACAUCACACACUUCCUCAUAUUCUCUGCCCGCACUUCAGCCAAUCAGACUCAAGAUUACAUUGACAGCAAACUAGACAAAAGGUGGAAAGGUGUGUUUGGACCUCCAGUAGGGAAGUACUUUGUCUUUUUUAUUGAUGACCUAAACAUGCCCAUGUUGGAGACCUAUGGUGCUCAGCCUCCGAUUGAACUGCUGAGGCAGUGGAUGGACCACGGAGGCUGGUACGACAGGAGUCAGAUAGGGACUUUCAAGAAAUUAGUGGAUAUCAAUUUUGCCUGUGCCAUGGGACCCCCAGGUGGAGGGCGAAACCCCAUAAGUCAGCGUUUGACACGUCACUUCAACUUCCUUUCCUUUACUGAAAUGGAUGAUGCUGGCAAGAAAAAGAUCUUUUCUACCAUCCUAGGAAGUUGGAUGGAACCUGUACAAACAAUCCAGCCACUGAAUGAGUCUCUUGUAGACGCCACUAUUCGAGUCUACUCUACCAUUACCUCCCAGCUGCUCCCAACUCCGGCCAAAUCCCAUUACACUUUCAAUCUCAGGGACCUAUCCAAGGUCUUUCAGGGCAUCCUCAUGGCCGAGGCUAGCAUGAUAGAGGAUAAAAUACAGCUGCUGCAGCUGUGGUACCAUGAAAGCUGCCGGAUUUUCCAGGAUCGUCUGGUGUGUGCUAAGGACAAAGAGUGGUUCAACAGGCUCCUGAAAGACUGCAUUGAAGAGUUUGGCUGCAGCUUUGAAGAGGUUGUGCCCUGCCAUCCUCUUUUGUAUGGCGAUUUCAUGGCUCCUGGAGCCGACCACAAAGUCUAUAAACUCAUAGAUGACAAGGAGAAGUUGGUAAAGGUAAUGAAGGAUUACAUGGAAGACUACAAUCAGAACAGCAUGACCAAGAUGAAGCUUGUGCUCUUUAUGGAUGCCAUUGAGCAUGUGUGUCGUAUCAGACGGAUCUUGCAGCAGCCCCUGGGCAAUGUCCUGCUGCUUGGAGUGGGUGGCAGUGGACGCCAGUCACUCACUAAGCUGGCCUCUUAUAUGUCAAAAUAUAAGUGUUUCCAGAUUGAGCUCUCUAAGAACUAUGGCCAAACUGAGUGGAGAGAAGAUAUUAAAAGAAUCAUGUUCAGUGCAGGCCUCCAGAACCAGCAGAUCACCUUCCUCUUUGUAGACACACAGAUUAAGAGUGAGUCAUUCCUGGAGGAUAUCAACAACAUUUUGAACAGUGGAGAUGUUCCUAACCUGUAUACAUCAGACGAGCAGGAGAGUAUCCUGACGGGAAUGAAGCCAGUGGUGCGAGACCUGGGCCAGCAGCCAACUAAAACCAACCUUAUGGCUGCCUACAUCAGGAGAGUCCGCAGCAACAUUCACACCGUUCUCUGCAUGAGUCCCAUUGGUGAGGUGUUUCGUGCACGGCUGAGGCAGUUUCCCUCGCUGGUGACAUGUUGUACCAUAGACUGGUUCAGCACCUGGCCGGAGGAGGCUCUCCUGGAUGUGGCCACCUCAUUUCUUAAAGAGAUACCCGAGCUGGAAGCCAGCACAACUGUCAUGAGUGGGCUGACAACAAUGUGUGUGAGGAUUCACCAGAUGGUGGCCAGGAAGAGUGAUCAGUACAUGGCUGAGCUGUCUCGACGCAACUAUGUCACACCUAAAAGCUACCUGGAACUGUUCAAAAUCUUCUCAGCUCUCAUUGUAUGCAAAAAACAGGAGCUGUCUGGUGCUUGUCAACGCAUGAAUACUGGUGUGGACAAGCUUCUUCGCACAGCUGGAGAUGUGAGUAAAAUGCAAGAGGAGCUGGAGACUAUGAGACCUCUUUUGGAGGAAGCCACUAAGGACACUAAAGUCACCAUGGAGACCAUUAAAAAAGACACAGUGGUUGCAGAGGAGACCCGCAAGUCAGUGCAAGAAGAGGAAGCAAAAGCUUCAGAGAAGGCCGGUUUUGCAGCAACCAUCGCAGCAGAUGCCCAGAGAGACUUAGACGAGGCUCUGCCAGCCUUGGAUGCUGCCCUUGCCAGCCUCAAGUCACUUAACAAGAAUGAUGUCACUGAGGUGCGAGCCAUGCAGCGACCUCCUCAAGGGGUGAGGCUGGUUAUUGAGGCAGUGUGCAUUAUGAAGGGCAUCAAACCCAAAAAGGUACCUGGGGAGAAACCUGGCACCAAGAUUGAUGACUACUGGGAACCUGGGAAGGGUCUGCUCCAAGAUCCCGGAAAGUUUCUGGAAAGUCUCUUCAAAUAUGAUAAGGAUAACAUCCCAGCGAAUGUGAUUAGCUUAGUCCAGCCGUAUAUAGAUAAUGAGGAAUUUCAGCCAGCUUCCAUUGCCAAGAUUUCCGGAGCUUGCACCUCCAUUUGCCAGUGGGUCCGAGCCAUGCAUGCAUAUCACUUUGUGGCCAAGGCUGUGAAACCUAAACGGCUAGCUCUCGAGGAAGCCCAAGAGGAUUUAGCAGUAACCCAGCAGAUUCUGGAUAAGGCCAAAGAGAAACUGGCAGGAGUGGAAGCUGGCAUUGCCACUUUGCAGGCCAAGUACCAGGACUGUCUGGCUAAGAAAGAAGAGCUGGACAACAAGUAUCAACUGUGUGAGGCUCGCCUCAUUAGAGCAGACAAGCUUAUCGGUGGACUGGCGGAUGAAAAAGUGCGUUGGACGGAGACGGUGCAACAUUUGGAUUACAAAGUCAAUAACGUAGCUGGUGACAUGCUUCUGUCUGCAGGAUAUGUUGCAUACCUGGGACCCUUCACUGGAGAGUACCGGGCAGCCAUGGCUAAAAAUAUGCUGCAAGGUUUCAAAGAGCUGAGUAUUCCACACACUGAUGAACCCAACCUGAUCAGCACUCUGGGCGAACCAGUCAAGAUCCGCUCCUGGCAGAUAGCAGGGUUGCCCAAGGACAACCUUUCUGUGGAGAAUGGUGUGAUUGCUCAGUACUCUUUGCGCUGGGCCCUCUUCAUUGAUCCUCAGGGACAAGCCAACAAAUGGAUCAAAAGCAUGGAAAGGGACAAUAGGUUGGAGGUUGUGAAACUCAGUGACCGGGACUUCCUGCGCAGGCUUGAAAAUGCAAUUUGUUUUGGUAAACCCUGCCUCUUAGAGAAUGUGGGAGAAGAGCUUGAUCCUGUACUAGAACCUGUCCUGUUACAACAGACUUUUAAGCAGCAAGGCCGUACAUUUCUGAAGCUGGGUGAUUCAGUCAUCAACUACCAUGAGACUUUCAAGAUGUACCUCACCACCAAGUUGCCAAACCCACACUACUCUCCAGAGAUUUCUGCCAAAGUCACGCUCAUUAACUUCACCCUGUCACCCAGAGGUCUUCAAGACCAGUUGUUGGGGACGGUGGUGGCUGAAGAGCAGCAAGUCUUAGAGGUUACAAAGAACCAGCUAAUCACCAGCAAUGCCAAGAUGAAGCAGGAGCUGAAAGAAAUCGAGGACGAGAUAUUGUUCCGUCUCAGCUCCACGGAGGGUAACCCCGUGGACAACGAGGAGCUCGUCCAAGUGUUGGAGGCUUCUAAGAUCAAAGCUGGAGAAAUCAAGGCUAAAGUGAUGGCAGCAGAAAAGACAGAGCAGGACAUUGAUACGGCCCGUCUGGAGUAUGUCCCUGUGGCUGUGCGUGCACAGAUCCUCUUCUUCUGCGUAUCAGAUCUUUCCAAUGUUGACCCAAUGUACCAGUACUCUCUGGAGUGGUUCCUGGGCAUCUUUUUGUCUGCCAUUGCCAACUCUGAACGAGCAGAUACAGUGAAGGAGAGAAUCAGGAACAUCAUUGAAUUUUUUACCUUCAGCCUGUACAGCAAUAUAUGCCGCAGCUUGUUUGAGAAACACAAACUCAUGUUUGCGUUUCUUCUGUGUACUCGUAUCAUGAUGAACGACAACAAAAUUGAUAUGGCUGAGUGGCGCUACCUGCUGUCUGGAGGAAUGCCUGUCAGAGAGCUGAACAACCCACCAGUUAGCUGGCUAUCAGAGCGUGCCUGGCAGGACAUUUUAGGCCUCAGCACUCUGAAAAACUUUAGCAACCUAGCAGAAAGCUUUCCAGAACAUCAGGAGGGCUUCAAGAAAAUUUUUGACAGCUCCCAGCCUCACAGGAAGCCUCUCCCAGGAGCGUGGAACACCAUGCUGGACUCAUUCCAGAAGCUGUUGGUCCUGCGGUGUCUGAGGGCUGACUGCCUCAUUCAAGGUCUGCAGGAUUUUGUCUCUGCUCAGCUUGGACGCCGCUUCAUUGAGCCUCAGACGUCAGACCUGUCUGCUGUUUUUAAAGAGUCAUCUUCCUCUACUCCCUUGAUCUUUGUUCUCUCCCCUGGCACUGACCCUGCUGCUGACCUCUACAAGUUUGCUGAUGUCAUGCAGUUCUCCAAGAAAAUGAGUGCCAUCUCUCUAGGCCAAGGCCAGGGCCCCUGGGCUGAGAGCAUGAUGCACGAUGCCAUGGAAAAUGGUCACUGGGUCUUUUUCCAGAACUGUCAUCUGGCACCCAGCUGGAUGCCUACACUGGAGAGACUUAUUGAAAACAUCGACCCACUAAAGGUACACAUGGACUUUCGCCUGUGGCUCACAAGUCUUCCCAGCAAUAAGUUCCCAGUGUCUGUUCUGCAGAAUGGAUCCAAGAUGACCAUUGAACCUCCGAGGGGCAUCAAGGCCAACCUACAGAAAGCCUACAUGAGGCUCACUAAUGAUUUUCUCUCCUCCUCCACCAAGAAAGCAGACUUCAAGUCUUUGCUGCUAUCGCUCUGUAUGUUCCACGGCAUUGCUUUGGAGAGACGAAAGUUUGGCCCUUUGGGCUUCAACAUUCCCUAUGAGUUUACUGAUGGUGACCUGAACAUCUGUAUCAGCCAACUCAAAAUGUUCCUGGAUGAGUACCAGGACAUCCCGUACAAGGUUCUAAAAUACACUGCAGGGGAGAUUAAUUAUGGUGGCCGUGUGACAGAUGACUGGGACAGACGAUGCCUGCUCAGCGUGCUAGAGGACUUCUAUUGUCCUGCUGUUCUCAGUCGUAAUCAUGUCUACUCUUCGUCUGGAGUGUACCAGCAAAUAGACACAAACCUGAAUAUCGAGGGUUAUUUGGCAUACAUUCGUGGUUUGCCCAUCAAUGACACACCUGAGAUCUUUGGUCUCCAUGACAACGCGAACAUCAGCUUUGCUCAGAAUGAGGCCUUCGCCUUGCUGGAAGCUGUGGUUCAUCUCCAGCCCCGAGUGGCAACUGCUGGGGGUAAAACUCUUGAAGAGAUAGUGGAGGAGAUAGUAGCAGUCAUUGUCAAAAAGAUCCCUCCUUCUUUCAACAUUCCAGAAGUGGUGGAAAAGUACCCGGUCCUGUAUGAGGAGUCCAUGAACACUGUACUUGUCCAGGAGGUCAUCAGAUAUAACAAGCUGCUGGAGGUCAUCUCUCGGAGUCUCGGUGAUAUUGUGAAAGCUUUGAAAGGUUUCGUGGUGAUGUCAUCUAAACUGGAGCUCAUGGCACGCAGCUUAUUCAACAAUGUGGUGCCUGAUAUGUGGAAAGCCAAGGCCUACCCAUCUCUGAAGCCUCUGGCCUCCUGGGUAUCAGACCUACUUCAGAGGAUCAAUUUCCUGCAGGGAUGGAUCUCUAAUGGCAUUCCACCUGUCUUCUGGAUUAGCGGCUUCUUUUUCCCACAGGCUUUUCUCACUGGCACCCUGCAGAAUUACGCCCGUCGCUCCAGCACCUCAAUUGACACAAUUGGAUUUGACUUUGAGGUAAUAGUGAAGUCAGUGUCAAAGAUAACAGAAAUGCCAGACACAGGCUGCUACAUUCAUGGUCUAUUCCUGGAGGGGGCUUGCUGGGAUAACAAGGCAGGUCAUCUCACAGAGUCCAGGCCCAAGGAGCUCUACACUCAAAUGGCCGUCAUCUGGCUGAUCCCCAAACCCAACCGAAAACCUGCGACCUCAGGGGUCUAUAUAUGCCCUAUCUACAAGACGCUCACACGAGCCGGGACUCUGUCUACUACCGGCCACUCUACCAACUAUGUGAUCGCGGUGGAGCUGCCAACACGUCACACUCAGAAGCACUGGAUCAAACGGGGUGUUGCACUCAUCUGUGCACUGGACUACUGAGCACAUGCACACUUUUUCAUGUACUUGCAAAACCACAUGCAAAAACACACCAAUCAAAAAAAAAACAAGGUUUCUAUUUGCACCCUGUGGCACCAGAAAUUAGUUAUUUGAAACUCUUCCUU